ACCAGAAAACCCAACGAGCUGAGCCUACUGUACUGCCUCUGCCUGCAGUCCUGCGCCAACCAAGAAAGCAAAGCCCCAGUUCGAAAAAAAAAAAGCAAAGCCCAAUCAAGCAGAAGGAGAAGAGGAAGAAUGGGGGAGGCGCCGUGCAGCGUGGUGGCCGCGCCGCGCCGUUCCCCGGCGCGCUUCCGCCUGCCACGCCACGGGCUGCGCCGCAAGGUCCACGUCGUCCGUCUCGGGAACGGCGGUGCCGGCGCCGGCGCGCGGGCUGGCGGGGUCCGCCGCCUCUGCGGCCUCCGGCGUCGGAUCAAGCUCCGGUGGUUCCGGAGCACCAUGUGGCGCCUGGCCGAGCUCUGCGUGGCGGUGCUGUCGGGCCCCCCGGGGACGGCCGACGCCCCGUCGUCGUGGACCGGCGUGGAGCCGUGCUUCGCCGCGCCCUUCCUGCUGGCCGCGCUGGUGAGGCGCGCGGGGCAGGAGUAGCUAGCCUAGCUGGUGACGGUGCUACCCUGCGAUCAUGAAGACAACAGCACUAAUGUAUAUACCACUACUCACUACUGCUCAAUGGAGAUUGCAGAAGUAGAUUGGUAUGUAACGAUUUCUUUUAACCGCGGCUCAAGCGAUUCGUUGAUGUCUGAAAAUCUGGAGAUUGCAUUGCUUACAUUCCCCCUGCUCUUUCUCUGGAUUUCCUUUAGGUCUCUUCUUUUUAAGAUUUUUUUCUUCUUCCAAAGCAGAGGCAAGUUUGGUGCUGUAUGAUAGUACUGUGCUAUAGCAAUUCCAAUCAUGUUGGGAGUACAAACCAUAGUUUGCUUGUGAUUUAGUGGACUUGAGUAGUACUAGUAUAUUUGUACUACUGCGAAGCGAUAA